AUGAGUCUUAUACAAUCAUCGAACCAUCAAAUUAACUGUACUCCUCGUAGUGAAGAAGUGUUCUCAUUCGUGGAAGAAAAUGGCCGCCCCAAAGAAAGAUGGACACCUCUCGGUGCAAACGCAAGUCCUGAACCUGGUUAUCAUGCGUUUGAAGAGAAUCACGUAGAUAAUGAAUUUGACCAUGAGUCUGAAUUAUCCCGCCUAGCCAUAGAAAAUGAACACCUCAACAGUUUGUUGAUGGCUUUUACUUCUCACAUCGCCCAGGUGCAAUUUCGUCUAGGGCAAGUAAUAAAUGCUGAGUCUGAUUGCAGAGAUCUCAUGCUUAAGUCUCUCGAGGAAUUUGCCUCCAGAGGAAUCCCUGACCUACAAUCACUGGCGGAACAAUGCAGUAAAUUAUCUUCAGAAUCCCAAGCAUGUACUUCAAGUUUAGAUGGACGGCCUCAGAAAAUGAUUGAACAGCUGAAAAGACAUCUUGAUGACCUAGAAAGAUUCGCUUAUGAGACUGGUGAGCAAAGUGAACCGCCAACUCAGGCUAUCUUAGAGAAGCAGCGUUUAGUACUAGAAGGCCUACGAGAGAAACUAGAAUUGAAUAUUUCCAAUGUGGAUAAACUCCCAGCUGCUGAACUGCAACAAGUUGUAGACAAGGCUGUCAAUCAAUUUUUAAAUCCUGUAAAAGUUAACGAAAAACUUGUGGAACAGUUGAAAACUCAAGUGAAUGAUUUAGAACGGUUUAUUGAUUUUCUUCACGGCUCUGGUGCAUGCAGUGAUAUUUUAGCUAAAGCACUAGCUGAUUUCAAGCGUACACAUCAACAGUUAUCAGCCAAUAAUGAAAUAUCAUCGUGUUGUUAUGAUUCUAAUAGAUCACAUACACAAAAUAAUGAUAAUAAUGAUGACCAUCAUCUAGACAAUAGUAGUAUAUUUUCAUCACAUAUCCAUCCUGGUGUACAAUUAGGACAUAGUCGUCAUCUUCAUUCAGAUUAUCAACAUAGUCACACAAAUGAUUAUAAUACUGAUGGUAUCGAUGCCUAUUUAGAGGAUAUCACCACUACCGAAGAACAAGAAUUAAGGCGUAGAGAUAAUAGAAAACGUGAUGUCAGGAAAUCUCGAUUCGCUAUCAUUAACCUUAUUCAACGAGCUAUCACCCUUCUCAACCUGUUUGCAGCAAGUCAAUUGGGUCAAGAUCCUGAUACAUUGCUGACAAAAUUCAACAUGAAUAAACAUUCUCCUCAUAAAGUUGACAAAUCGAAUUCAUCUACCGUAGAGAAAGCCAAAACACAACACUGGGGAACAAUUCGAGCUCGUCUUGAAAUUGCUAUAAAUAUGGUUCAAGGAAAAGUGGUUACUCUUAACACUUAUAAACUAGGUAAAACACCAGCAGUCAAUUUAUACUCUACAUAUCAUACAAUGCCAAAUAUGAUUCACUCAUGUACAACACAGUCGGAAACUCGUAAUACAGUUCCAUCUGGACGUGAAAGUCCAGAUGGGAAAGCUAGUAUGCCCGCAUAUGAUAGUACAAUUAGAUCCUAUGCAUCACUACGUAAGGGUUUUAGUCAGAACGAAGUUCCCGGUACUCAAAUUGCUUUACCUGUGCAGAAUUUACAUGAUGCCAGUUUACGUGCAUUGUUAUAUGGUGGAAGACCAGAUAGAAUAUUUUCAAAUCCAACUUUGUAUAACGAUAAAAAUGAACUCACUUCAUGCAUAGAAGAUAUGGAUGACACAGAAAGCAGCUCAUGUGAAACAUCAGAGUUUCUGUAUACUGAAGCUGAACGCUCUGUGGUGCAUGUUGUACGUCGAUACUUCUGUCCCGCUUUACGUGAUCUUAUCGAACAUGGUCUUAUAAAGAAAGCUUUACAGAAAAUUGAUGAAAAUUCACCUUUGGGCUUAGUAAAUAAACGAAGCAUUUUACUGCUUCGUCCUAUCCUGAACUGUUUAGACUCAAGAUCAAGAAAUCACUCAGAAGAUAAAUUUGAAUGUUUAGAUUUGAACGAUCCAUCAAGUGAUUACAUUUCAAACUCUUUUUCGGGGUCCCGUUCUAAUUAUAUAGGAAUCCAUGCGUGGGAUGUAUUAAUGCGUUUUUAUCAAAUUAAGAAUGGUCCACGGUAUAAUGAAUCUCCGGCGAGAAAACUUUGUGAAAGUUUUGAUUUAGAUACAGUUGAUGGUAAAACAAUCACAAAUCGUCAGAAAUUUUUCAGUGCAAUGGGUAAUGUUCUUCAGGGUCACGUGGCAUACAAACGCAGUAAGGAUGCCAAGUUCAAAGCAUUCAUUUGUAUUGCACUUAAUGAAGGAAAAUUGGUCCCUUGGCUAAGAAUGAUCUUUCGGAAUCAUGUUUUUGUUCAAUCUAUAUAUGAACCAUGGAGUUAUACUUUGAGUACAGGAUUCAACGAUACUCUACAGUCAUUAAUUAAACUAAAGGAUCUUGAAUUCGCUCUGCCUUAUGAUUACAGUAUUCGUCACUUAAAAGAAAUGCAUGAUGCCUUCUAAACUGUGAGAUGCAUUUUUAAUAUCCAAUGCUAGUGAUAUUCUUUUUUUUCACUUCGUCUUUUUUUCUUCAUGUCCAGUGAUCAUUAUAUAAACUAACAAAAAUCAACAUUUUGUUGUUUAUCAUUUGUCUGAAAGUGUAAGUAUUUCUUAUAUCUAUCUACCUAUAUUAUUAUCUUAUAUAUAUAUAUAUAUAUAUAUUUAAUCAACCAUAUUAUUGUCUACAUUUGAUCGAAAAUUGAUGAUUGUUGUAUGAUAAACAGAUCUACUGCAGAUAUAUUUUGAAUUCUUUAUAUUAUGUUUACAAAAAGAUUAAAUGUUUAUUUAUUUCCAUAUUUUUGAGAUUUAAUCCGUAUGUCGUUUUGUAAUUAUGAAAACCAUUUCGUUUAUUCUCUUCACUCUACUUUCGGGCCUCAACAAGGCAUAAAUAAACUCUAAACGUUAGGCUUUGUCUGUUAAUUUAAGUUAUCAUUUAUUAUUUCUCAAAGAUUACGAUGAAAAUGAUGAAGUAUUUCCCACGGAGAUUCCACUGAUUAGGAUUCUUUAGUUUGAUUUCUAAACUAUUCUCCAACUCUAAACUUUAAGUUAGGUAAUGGGAUGAAAUAAAAUUGUAGUUAAUUUGUUGAGAAUUUCAUACACAGCUGUAAUAAAACUAUAUAUUUUUCUACCGAAUGUCGAAUUAAUGAAAAAAAUUCAUGCUUUACUAAAGUCAGUAGCUGAACUUUUGUAUCUCAUAGUCAGAAAGUAAGCUUUAAUGUUCUAGAUUGGUGAAAAUGGGGAGUAACAACCAUUGCUUUUUAAUUCAUCUUAAAUUGUCAAUGAUCUGUUUUUACAUAUGAAUGAUCGUUAAAAUGAACAACAGCAGUGUACAUCUAAUAAUCACUUGUUUCUUAUACGUCUUUUAUAAAUGAUUGUAUAUCGAGAGUCUGAUAUUUUCUUAAACAUGAACUAUAAGUAAAAUUUUCUCCAAUAUAGUAUGUUUUCCAAAAGUCUAAGUAACUAAUCUAUUUCUAUAGUGAAGUUACCGUAUAAUUUACAUUGAGAAUAUAAAUAUUCAUUACAAAUAACAAUUGAUUAAUCAGGAAAAAUGUGAAUACUUCUAUAAUACGACGAGCGUUUAAAGCGAAAGACAUAGGCCGUUAGUCACAGUAGGAAAAUCAACAUGAAAUUGGAUACAUUCAGCUGAUGACCCCUAUAUCGAAAGAAACAGACGACUUGAAUUAUACUGCUAGCCACUAAUCAACUGUACUAGAUCUUGAUAGGCUGAAAAUUAUUAUUUCGAUGAAGUGUAUGAUAAAUAGUGUUUAAUUGUUUGUGCCGAAAGCUUUUGUUUAUGCAAAAUCUCACCUUCUGUCAUAAAUAGUAUCGGUCAAAAAUUAAUCUCAUUUAAUGAAUCAUUAAGAACCAGACAGCACUGAAUAGUUGUCUUAACAUAGUAGGAGACUCAUCAAAACGCACCCACGACCUUAACAGAAGUCCAACCCAAGAUCUUCAGGUCUGAUGACGAAAGCUUAACCGCUAGAGUCACUGUGACAGUAUUUAAUUCCUUAGCCUUGUACCUCUACAGUACAAAAGAAACCUGAUCAAAACUCUUAGUUACCGAAUACGCACUAUAUGUCCUACAGAUAUAGUUAAAGAAGAGCUGAACAUCUUACGUAAUACUCUUAGGGAGAACGGAUACCCUAGAAAGCUUAUAAUUAAAUAUAUGAUCACGAAGGUGAAAAUAGGCGAAAUACAAACGGUGAAUAAGAAAUCCCUGUUCAUGAGCCUAUAAUUUAGACAGGAUGCGGCUAACGAAAUAUUAACUCAGAGAUUACACAGAACAAUCCAAAAAUCUUUAAACGCUGGAGAACUAUGAUUAGUAUUUUAUACGCCCCCAAUAGUGGCACCGAGGCUACCUAGAAUGACCACCCGAUUUUAGAUUUAUCAGUUCGACUGCUUCCGUGGAGCAAGUUAUAUUGGUCGAAGUUCUAGAAAUUUACAUCUUCAUGCUCGCGAACACCUUCAAGCGUGGCUAAGCAAAGGUCUGGUGAGGAAAGUGAAC